AUGGCUCAGUUGCAGAUGUCGCCCAUGAUGGACGGAGAUGGAUAUGGAGAUGGUUCCCAGAGAAUCGAUGCCACAACCAUGGCACAUACAUGUCUACGAAUGCGAGUGAAAUGCGACAGUAAUGGCGAGAAUCUGUGCCUUCGCAGUAUCUUGACAUCGUUCUUUUUGCAUGUAUACCAUGCCAAGGUCAAUCAGCGGAAUUCAGCAAUGAUGUUUAUCCAGGAGGCUAUAGCUGGUUCUCGGAUUCUGCGGUUGGAUGAAGGAUUACCACAGCCAAAAGAUGGUCUGAUUGCAAAUCAAGACUUGGUUUUUCCAUUGCUUUGGGUUUCGGAGAGGGGCUACUCGUUACAUUUGGGACUUUCACCCUCAUAUACCGAGCCUCCAACCAUUCUGGGGAUUGAAAGCAGCAUUGAAUCUGAUGUUCAUGCGCAAGGCUUGCUGGAGCUAGUCAGACUAUUCGUUGCAAAAAAGCUGUCUUCCCUGUCAUUUAGUAUGGCCGAUCAUGUCUCUACCCGAUCGGCUGAUUAUCAUGUCACGAGGGAGUGGAUGAGAACGAUAAUCUGGCAGGAAGCUCUCGCGAUGGGAUUGCUCUCGUCCGCGGCGUAUACCUCUGUUAUGACCUUUGGAUUUCCUGCACAAGUUGGACGAGAUCUGCUGCAAGCUUUGAGAGGCUUUCGUGAGGCAGAUUUGCUACCAUUGGGUCGGGAUCAGUUGCUUAAAUGCUUCGAGGUUGCCAAUUCACUAGCAGACACUGUUCUCUUGAGGUCGACUUUGAUGAGCAGCAGGCGUGAACUAGGACCACAUGAUUUCCUUCAUGCAUUAUAUCAGAAGAUUGUUCCUUUCCUUGAACAGGAUCGCAUGUUGCUGGGUAUCCUUCGAGCGAAGACCGCCGAAGCUUUAGUCACGGCCCCAGCUCGCUUACUGACGAUGAAUGGAAGAAGUUCAGGUCUGUAUGGGCUUGAAACUGAGACUGACCAGCGGACGCAUCUUGGUGGAUAUCUACCAUACGAGGUGGCCGAACAAAGCGACUUAGAGACCAACAGUUUGAAUUUCUCACAGCAAGGACUGCAAAUGAUCUAA